UCUAAUUUACCGUCAAUGGGUGGAGUUAGACUGAUGAUCAGUGGUCAAGGUUCAAUUUCUCUUCUUCAGAUCAUUCAGUCAGAUAAAGACAGAGAGACUCUGGAUGACAAAAACAAACUGCAAGAGACAAAAUGGAAUCAGAAUAUGAAGGCGAUUCACAGGACCUGAGGAUUGUGCUGCUGGGAGUCUCUGGUGCUGGAAAGAGUGCCAUAGGAAAUGCAAUACUGGGUCGAGAGGCAUUUAAAGAGAGCACAACCAGAAAGAGUGAGUUACAGACAGGAAGAGUAAAAGACAAAGACAUCUCCAUCAUCGACACUCCAGGAUUCUUCAACACUCAGCUGACUGAUGAAGAGAUGAAGAAUGAAAUGAUGAGGAGUAUGUAUCUCUCUCAUCCUGGUCCUCACGUGUUCCUGCUCAUCAUCAACCUGGAAAACUUUGAGGAGGAGCAGAGGAACAUUGUGGAAAAGACUCAGGAGAUCUUUGGAGCUCAAGCUUUUAAGUUCACCAUGGUUCUGGUCACUGGAAGAGAAAAAAUGUCAAGGAGAGAAUGGAUGCUCUUUAUACUUGAUACAAAGUUUCGAGAGCUGAUCAGUCACUGCAGAGAUAAUUAUCAUGCAAUCAACAGUAAAAAUGAGAUGAAUCAAACUCAAAUCACAGAGCUUCUGCAGAAGAUUGAUGAAACCAUCAAACAGAAUAAUCACCAGCAUUACAAUAAUGAGAUUUACUUAAAGUCUCGAACAAAUAGCAUAAGAAUAAAGAAAAAUCUAGAGGAAGAAAAAACAGACAAAGGAAAAGAGACAGAAACGAAACAACAGAAAGCAAAAUCAGCUCCAGAUACUUUCAUAACCCACAAUGUAAUGGAAGAGAGAAUGACACACACAUUUACUGAACAAGAAAAUGAAAGAAUUAAUGAACAACAAACAGCAAAAGAAUAA